AUGGCUCGGGCCGCCCGGCUCUGCGGCGCGGACCCGCGCGCCCUCCUGCUCCCGUUGCUGCUGUUGCUGCUGCCGCCGCCGCCGCUGCUGGCUCGGGCCCCGUGGCCCCCGGAUGCACACCGCCGCCCCCCUGUGAGGAGGGGGCCCCAGCCCUGGCAUGCAGCUGCUCCCAGCAGCCGGGCACCUGCCGCUACCGCCCAGGAGACUCCCCAGCCGGCCAGCAGCCCCAGACCUCCCCGCUGCGGUGUGCCUGACCCACCCGAAGGGCUGAGUGCCCGCAACCGACAAAAGCGGUUUGUGCUGUCGGGCGGGCGCUGGGAGAAAACAGACCUCACCUACAGGAUCCUCCGGUUCCCCUGGCAGCUGGUACGGGAGCAGGUGCGGCAGACGGUGGCAGAGGCCCUACAGGUGUGGAGCGAGGUGACGCCACUCACCUUCACCGAAGUGCAUGAGGGCCAUGCUGACAUCAUGAUCGACUUCACCAGGUACUGGCAUGGGGACAACCUGCCAUUUGAUGGACCUGGGGGCAUCCUGGCCCACGCCUUUUUCCCCAAGACUCACCGGGAAGGAGAUGUCCACUUUGACUAUGAUGAGACCUGGACUAUCGGGAACAACCAGGGCACAGACCUCCUGCAGGUGGCAGCCCAUGAAUUUGGCCACGUGCUGGGGCUGCAGCACACGACGGCUGCUAAGGCACUUAUGUCCCCUUUCUACACAUUCCGCUACCCCUUGAGCCUUAGCCCGGAUGACCGCAGGGGCAUCCAGCACCUCUACGGCCAGCCCCGGCCAGCCCCCACCUCUGGGCCCCCAGCCGUGGGCCCCCAGGCUGGGGUGGACAACAACGAGAUUGCCCCGCUGGAGCCGGAAGCCCCACUAGAUGCCUGCGAGGUCACCUUUGAUGCAGUCUCCACCAUCCGUGGCGAGCUCUUCUUCUUCAAGGCGGGCUUUGUGUGGCGGCUGCGUGGGGGCCGGCUGCAGCCUGGCUACCCUGCACUGGCUUCUCGUCACUGGCGGGGACUGCCCAGCCCUGUGGAUGCAGCCUUUGAAGAUGCCCAGGGCCACAUCUGGUUCUUCCAAGGUACUCAGUACUGGGUAUACAACGGCGAGAAGCCAGUCCUAGGCCCUGCACCCCUCUCUGAGCUGGGGCUGCUUGGGCCCCCCAUCCAGGCUGCUUUGGCCUGGGGCCCCGAGAAGAACAAGAUCUACUUCUUCCGAGACGGAGACUACUGGCGCUUCCACCUUAGCACCCGCCGUGUGGAAAGCCCCGUUCCCCGCCGGGCCACUGACUGGCGAGGGGUGCCCUCAGAGAUUGACGCCGCUUUCCAGGAUGCUGAUGGCUAUGCUUACUUUCUUCGAGGUCGCCUCUAUUGGAAGUUCGACCCUGUGAAGGUGAAGGCCCUGGAGGGCUUUCCCCGCCUCGUGGGCCCUGACUUCUUCGGCUGUACCGAGCCUGCCAACACUUUCCGCUAACCGACUUGGACACCCUCAGCGCUCCUGACCGCUGCCAGCCCACUGAUAUUGGAUAGAUGACCAGUGGCCAUCCUUGUGUCUGUGGGUGCCAGGCACAGGUUGGAGGCUGUGUUUCCUCAGGGGGGUGGGGAGGGGGUGCUGUCACCUUGACAACUGCAGGAAGGGCCACGCAGGUCGUGGUCACCUGCCAGCGACUGUCUCAGACUAGGCAGGGAGACUCUGGCAUUACUUGAGGGUGAGGCUGGACUCAGGCCAGCCCCACCCAACCUGUGCAGGUCAUAGUCAAACCCUCCUGUCCUCAGUUUCUAUAUUUGUCCCUCAGGGUAGCACCUCAGUGGGGCUGGGGGAGCUGAAGCCCCCAUUCUCUCCCUGCUGUGAGGUUCCUGCAGGGUACUGGCACCGGGGGGCCAGGGGCCUCACUGCCUUCCGCCCUUUCCUGAGAGGUCAGCUCUGGACAGGUGCUUGGAACUGCCUGUUUUCUAGUUGGUGAUCCUAGGGAUAUGUUCUCCAGCAUCCAGGCCAAAAGGUCCAGAGUCAGCUGGGGAGGGGAGGGCUUCCUGCUGGAGACCCCGGGCCCUGGAAGCCCCAACAUACCUCAAUCCUGUCUUGGGCUAGAUCCUUCCCAGCCCUCAUCCCAGCACUGGGACCCUCCAAAGUCAUGUAAAUGUGUGUACAGUGUGUACAAAGCCUUUUUUUUUUUU